CAACAACAUUGGACUAUAGAGUUAAGCUUAAUCACAUUAUUCAAUUCCCACAUGGAAAUACAAAUUAGCUGAAUGUAGCACAACUGUGCCUAAUGGAACCCAUGCUUCUUUUUUAUAUUCCUUUUUUUCUUUUUCUUUUUUAAGAGAAUCAUGAUUAGCAGACUCUAUUUAUUUUUGUGCAGCCUCCACUCAUUGUUUCUGUACCACACCAAUCAAUAUGGAAAAUCAUGCUCACUUCUUCAAUUCCUUUGCCUCAACUUCCACUUCUACCACUUCUACCACCACAAACACCACAACCACAAACACUUCUAUUUCUAGCACAUCAUCGUCAUCUUCAACCUCAAACUCCUCAAACUCAGAUUCCACUUCUCAAACCUUGUUGGAAAAUGAAAAGGAAUCAAAAGGGUGCUGCAAGAAGAGGAAGUUGGAGAAUCCUUCAUACAGGGGUGUGAGGAUGAGGAACUGGGGCAAAUGGGUGUCUGAAAUCCGUGAGCCAAGGAAAAAAUCGAGAAUUUGGCUAGGAACAUACCCUACUGCAGAAAUGGCUGCUAGAGCACAUGAUGUAGCUGCCUUAGCCAUCAAGGGUCAUUCUGCAUACCUCAAUUUCCCCGAAUUGGCUCAAGAACUUCCGACACCAGCUUCCACUUCACCUAAGGACAUUCAAGCUGCAGCAGCAAAAGCAGCAAACACACCCUUUGAUGUCAAUCAUUGCCAAACUACUAUUGAAGAUGAAGAAGCACAAGAAGAACCAAACCAAACACAAAAUGUCUCAUCUUCAACACUCUCAAUGUACAACACACAACAACACUCUUCAAGCUCAAACUCCACCAAUGAUGAUGACACUUUGUUUGAUCUACCAGAUCUUUUCCCUGAUGAACUUUGCUCCUAUUCUUCUUCUUGGCAUUUGUGUGCAGUUGGUAGUGGAUUUAGGCUUGAGGAAUCACUUUUUUGGGAGAAUUAUUAGUUUUAGAAAGUUAAAUAAAAAAAAACAAAGAGGAAAGAAAAUGACAGUAACUACUCUCAUUUUCUCUUGAGUUUUUUUCUUCUUGUUUAGUCUCUGCAACUGCAUUCUGCACAGAUAAUAAUCAGUUGAAGAAAAGUUUAAAUCUUUCUUUUCAUCUGUAAAUGGGUGUUGUCUUUUGCUA